UGUCUAUUUUAGCAUAUUUUUCUUAAUAGAGCUUGUGGUCGUGAAAAGUCACAUUUUUCAGCAAAUGAUAGACGACCAUUUCGUUGACUUGUAUCGUUCGCGUUGCAUUAGACCCUUUCUCGGUAUCUAAACUUAGAAACAACUAAUUGUUUAAAUAUUGAUUUUUUUUUAUUGGGGGCUUGCAUGUGUGAGUCAGUCGUUCAUGCACGAAUGUUUAUAACAUUAGUUGGGGCCUGCGAUAUACUAUUUUGGGAUCGGCCAAAUGCUGGCUUUGUGCUCAUGUUUUAACCAUUAUGCUUUCGUAUAGCGCUCAAGAGUGCAUGGAGUUAUUUGUUAAUCAGAAGGAUAUUACAGUGCCAUUUGUGCUUCUAAUUUUUUCAUGUGUACUUAAUGUAUAAUUGAUAAAUAUGGAUACCGAUUUACCUGUCCGGUUUCCAAAAUAAACCGACAUUCUCGCAAGUUCCAGUAUUCUAAAAAAAAAAUAUAGUCUAGUCCUAAAAGUUUCUACUUGAAUUUAAAGUAUUGUCUGUACUUAACUUACUUUUAGUAAAUAUCUGUGAUAAAACCUUUUUGGUGGACCUUAUUAAACGAAGUGUGCAAUUUUUUUUUACAAAUGGACUGAUUAAUUAUUGGCCAAAGAGUAUUUAGUUAUGUAUAUUAAUAGUUAGAUUAUAUUGUAUAAAAUAUAGUGUUUGACGAGAAAAUGGCGUUACCUCCACAACAGUUCUGUGUCAGGUGGAAUUCUUAUCACACCAAUUUACAGGCAGUCUUCCCACGCUUGCUCUUAACCGAGCAGUUUGCAGAUGUCACUCUUGCUUGUGAGUCACGGCAGCUAAGAUGCCACAAGUUGGUGCUCUCAGCGUGUUCUGCGUACCUGGAACGGCUGCUACUACAAAAUCCAUGCAAACAUCCAAUUGUCCUCAUGAGGGAUAUGCGGUUCAGCGAGAUGCAGGCUCUCGUGGACUUCAUGUACAAGGGCGAAGUGAAUGUCACGCAGGACGAGUUGCCAAGUCUACUUAAGUCGGCUGAGGCGUUGCAAAUUCGUGGUCUGUGCUCGGGCGAGGCGGGCGCGGGGGAGGGUCGCUCGGAGUCACGUGACUACACGCUGGCCAGCGACGCGCUGCUCGCGCACGCGCAGCGGGACGCUCCCGCCCAACAACAGCAGCAACAGAAACCGACGAACACAACGAACGGCCCGAAGAAACGGAAAUCCGAGGAGAGGGAGAAGAAUCCGGAAGUGAAAGAGGAGACAGUUGAAGAGGAUGGACUUUUUUACGGAGAAUUGGAUAACGAUCACUUGGAAUACAAUGAGGACGACGAAUCUGGCAAGCCUGGCAGCAGUUUGGGGCAGACAUCAGGGCAAAGGUACAUACGCGUUAAGCCGGAGAGCGAACUAUUCUUCCACAAUAAACUCCAAAACCUAGCGAACACUGAGUACAUGACUCGCUUGUCAAAAAUGAAUCCAACGGAAAUACAAAAUGAAUUCUCUAAAUAUGGCCUCCAAAAUAUGUCGGAAGAUUUUCAGAAAACCGAAAAUGAUUAUUACAAAUCAUGGUUGGAACAAAAUGGUGAACUGGAAGUGUCCUUAUUAAAAGCUAAUCAAACGAAAAAGUCCAAGAAUGACGUGAAGAAUCCGAAAUCCGAAGUCGAGCUGAUACCAAGGACCAAAGAUGUUACCACUAAGGAAGUUUACCCGAAAAUCGGGGAGAAAUUGGUCCGUAAACGCGGGAGGCCGCCUAUAUUCAAGGAUAAGAACGUCGAUAUAGGCGAAACUGUUUUGAAGGCUGAUCUGGAUCAAUUCCUCGAAGGGAAGGAGGUCAGCUCGUCCGGGUUGUCGAGGAAGGAUUUGGAGAGGGUGAUGAUGGGGAAGUUUAACCCGAAUAGACGUUACUCGAAUGAGGCUAUGUGGGCCGCUCUGAUGGAUGUCAAGAAAGGAGGUAGUAUAUACAGGGCGGCCCAAACGCACAAAGUGCCGAGGAAAUCGCUCCGUAACUGGAUGAAACGAUGUCACAUAAAGUCAUCCUUCCCGAUGCCGCAGCAAUUGAAGCAGUUCGUCGAAAACAGUAAGAAGCAACGAGAAUACAAACACGAUAUACCGGAUAAACCGGACGCGGUCAGUUUCAACCCGGAUAUAGAUUUCGGUAAACACUUUUUAACCUGUAACCAAGUUUCCAGCGACGAUGAGAAAGUUGAAAAUAAUUGUAAUGACAACACCGCAAUUAAUAUGUCAUUACACGAAUGAUUAUUUUUUUUGCACUAGCAACAUUUAAAGAACGGUUAUGUUAUGGAGAUUAGCUUGUGUUGCAAUUGUGUAAGGUUUAAAAUUAUCUGAUGUUUUUAUCGAUAUGUAGAAUGUUAUUGCUUAAAUAGAAAAAGAACGUAUAUAUGAAAAAAUAAUUUUAUAUAUAUAUAUAUAUAUAUAAAUAUGUAUUUUAAUUAAAAAUUAUCUGAAAACGUUUACUGCCAAAGAUUAAGCAAAGAUUUUUAUUAAAAAGAGAAUCGGUUUAAAGAUUAUAUGAAUGUUUUUUUUUUUAAAGAAUUACGUUGCAAUAUUAAAACCCAAAGAUUUGUUUUCUUUUAUGUACUUUUUUUUUUUAAAAGAAAUUAAUUGAUUUUAAUUUCUGUGUCGGCUUCAACAUUUCGAGUUGACACGUAUGGUAUUUUUUUUUUUUGUUUAAUUUAUUCGUUAUUUUUUUUAAUUAUAAUUAUAGUGUAAUAGUUAAUUAUUGUAGGAAAUGAUAAAAAAUUGGCCUUUUUGAAAAUUCGUGUGCUUUUGGACAACGUCCGGGAUAUAUAAAAGACUUAAGGAAAUUUUAGAAUAACAUUUUUUGUAAGUUACAUUUUUAAUGUAAUAGCAUUUCUCUUAUAUAUCAUUUUUAUAUAUAGUUUUUUUCUUUAAAACCAAUUAUUAUAUAUACAAGGGCAGCUUUACAUCAACUCUGUCUAUAUACAUAGUAUAUAAGGUUCGAUCGAGAAGCAUAAUUAGACUUAUUCAAAUGCUAUGGUAUAUUAAAGAUAUAUAAAGAUUUUCUAUUACAUAUUUAUGCUUAAUUAUAUAUAAGGUUAAUUUAUUUGUUAUAUCCAAUAUUAUAUUGUACUUAAAUGAUGUUUUUUUUUUUGUGGAAAAUUCAUCAAAAUUUCUUAUAAUAGUUUCCGUGGUGAGAAAUGUCGGAUUUUCGAUUGAUUAUUAUAUAUAUACCUUCAUACAAAUUGAUACAUACAAAGUUGAGGUGACUUUAAAAAGGUUAUAUAUAUAAAAUGUAAUAUUAUUUCAAAAUAAACAACUUUUUGAUAAAAUCAUAUUCUCUGGAUAUCUCGAAAAUUUUUAAUUAAUUACUUAAAAUCGCAUAGUAAGUAUGCAUAUAUAGACAGCAGGAAAUUGUACAUAUGGUGAUCAUUGCCAUUUGCCUGAGUCCGUAUUUCCUGAUAGGUACAAUGUUGGUGUCUUCAAAUCCAGAGUGAACAGGUUUCUUAUAAUAAUAAUAAUAAAAAAAAUCAUUUAUUUCGACUCAACAGGGAUCAAAUAAAUAGUAAAAAGACAAAAAUUACGAUAAUAAAAAUCUGAAUUAAAUCAAAUCCAAUUCAAACUCACACUAAUCAAAAGAAUCAAUCACAUUAAAUUAAAUUAAAUCAAAAAUAAAUUUAAAUUAAACAAUGUCAUGAAUGUAAUUAUUGUCAAUAUAAACGCGUUGCUACAUCCUAGACCGUGUCGAUGCUUAACAUCAAGCAAGUCAACGGUCAAACGCUUGCCUAUUAAUUGCAAAAAAAAAAAUACUAUCAAGCAAAUAUAUUGGUUCAAUCGUUUCUUUCUCAGACAGAUUAUCAAAGUUUGACUCGUAUGAUAUAUCGAUACUUAACGCUCAUUGGUCGACUAUUACGUCAUCAGCUGCCAUCGACCAAUGAUGAUCGUUCAUAUUAAUUUCAAAUUAAUUAAAACAAUACAAUAAAAUAUAGAUUAAUACAAAAUUGUGCUGUACGAGUUAAUUAAAUAUUUUAUUUUUUUAAAUUAAAUAAUGCUCGUGCGAUUUUGCAAACGUUUAGUGUUGUAACGUUACAUAUAAACUACUUUAAAAAAAUCUAUUGUAAUAAUAAUCAAUCUUAAAUUCGACUAAUUAACGAGGCCUAAACUGUAGGGCUUUUCUGUGAGAAUGAAACUCGAGGCUCACCGCAGUAAACGGUCGUGAAAUGUCAGCGUGUUAUGCGACAUUGACCGUUAUAAUCAUAGCAUUACAAGAAUAAAUACAUCAAAAUAGUAUAUCAACAUAAGUCGGCUGUCAACAUUUCACGUGCGAGUGAUGAAGUGAUUUCUUACAGAACGGCACUGAUGAUUUCUAUGUUCCUACUUUGUAACUAGUUUUUAACGAUUUCAAAUUUUUAUACGAGUUGUGACGUCACUUGUGUGUGUUUUUUUUUUCUAAAACAAAAACAUACAUACAUGGAAUGCUUAUUUUGUUUUAUAUUCACAUAUAUGUAUUCCAUAGGUUUAGUUUAGGAUGGGCCGGUUGGCGUUGGUAGAUACUUGCCUCUCACGCCGAAGGUUGUGGGUUCGAUUCCCACCCAGGACAGACAUUUGUGUGCAUGAACAUGUCUGUUUGUCCUGAGUCUGGAUGUAAUUAUCUAUAUAAGUAUGUAUUUACAGAAGAAAAGUAGUAUAUGUAGUAUAUCAGUUGUCUGGUUUCCAUAGUACGAGCUCUGUACAAGCUUAAUUUGGGAUCAGAUGGCCGUGUGUGAAUAAUGUCCCGAGAUAAUAAUUAUUAUUAUUUAUAACUCAAUCGUUAUAAUAUAUAACAAGAAUAUAAAACUCGCGCAUUUCUCUUCUGAACGGCUUGACUGAUUUCGAUUAAAUAUUUUGUCUAUAAUCGGAGCCGGUGGGUGGCGCUGUUGCCGACAUACAGCUCUUUUUAUUUUUAAUACUACGAUCUCUUCCAGGUGAUUUUGCAAUACCAAUAGUAUUGAUAUGUAUUUUUUUUGUUUUAAUUAUUAAAUAGUGGUGUAUAUCAGGCAACUUUCAACUCAAUAACGGUCAGUUUGUUUUGUUGACGUUACCUGUGACAGCUAUUUGCCGCGCCAUCUUUGUUUUGAUUUAAAUUUUAUAGUCUAUAUAAUAUAUAUAACUUUAUAUACACAAAGUGACGUCGCAUUAUUAAUUCAACAAUCAAUUUGAUAUAUAAUUUGGUUAAUUAAUUACAUUUCCGAGGUGCGUGUGAACGUAUCUUAAAUUAAUUCGAUUUAAAACAUUAAAAAAAAAAACACAAAAUGUUGCCAGGUAUAAAUAUUUGGUGGAUAUAUUUUUUUUUUUUUCAUACGCGCCUCUAAUCCAAAAAGUGCCUAUUAGUAUAAAAUAAUAUAUACAUAAUAUUUAGUAUAUAAGACUUUUAGAUAUAAUUAUUGUAUCAAUGUUGUAUGCAGUAUUAUGUUGGUUUAUUUUGCAAUUAAUUAAUUAGAUAUAUAAUAUAUAUAUGUUUAUAUUAUGUUGUCGGUACUUAAGAUGAUCUAAUCGUCGAUUUUUUUUUUAUAAAUACAAUUUCUUAUUUCGUUUAUAAUCUAAUUUGUACAUUUCGUAAACAAAAUUUAGAUUUUUUUUUAACAAAAUUAAUUAUUCGUUCUUUUAUAUGUUUAAAAAAUAUGAAUACGUGCUAUUAUCCAAGUGUAUAUGCUUGAAGUAAAUAAAUAUCGUUUUGAAACUUUAUGUAGCAUAUAGAAUACAAAUUUUUGGUUUCUCCAAUUGGGUAGCUGUUAUAUAUGCAAAUAUUAUAUUAAUCUACCGCUAAGCCAGUGUAAAGUAACAGCCUGUUAAUGUCCCACUGCUGGGCUAAGGCCUCCUCUCCCUAUUUGAGGAGAAGGUUUGGAGCUUAUUCCACCACGCUGCUCCAAUGCGGAUUAGUGGAAUACACAUGUGGCAGAACUUCGAUGAAAUUAGACACAUGCAGGUUUCCUUACGAUGUUUUCCUUCACCGAAAAGCACGAGAUGAAUUAUAAACAGAAAUUAAGCACAUGAAAAUUCAGAGGUGCUUGCCCGCGUUCGAACCCACGUUCAUCGGUUAAGAUUCACGCGUUCUUACCAUUGGGCCAUCUCGACUAAGCCAGUGAAUAGAAGUUUUUUUUUUUUAUUUGAGGUAUAGUUUGGGCGUACCCUCCACUCUUAUGGUAAGUGUUCGCCAGGUAUGUUCGCCACCUCCGCCCAUAGACAUUUUUGUUGUAAAAAAUUUCUAAUGAUUAAUGAUUACGUACCAACUAAUAUAAUAUCAUUGUUACGCACUGAUGGUGUACGUGGCGGUUUAGAUUUUAUGCAUUACUACUAUCUAGGCGCGAGAGAGGUGAGGUGACUCACCAUCAGGAUAUUGACCGUCUACCUUCCUAAUAUUUAAAAUGAUGGUUUUUAUACGUCAUUAUGGCAGCGAUUAUGACGUCAUUCGUCUCGUUACCUUGUUUGUUAUACUUGAGAUUCAUGCUAUAUUCUUUUUUAUUUUUAUAUGUAUCUUCCACAUAAUUUUAAGAUGGGUUGAGCCAAAAUAAUGGCACGAUUCUCGUGGUAAGAUUUAUAAGCUGUGUAUAUUAUAAAUGCGAAAGCGGGUUUGUUUUUUUUUUUUUUUGUUUAAAUGUUCUUUUUAAUUCUUAAAAUUUGUUGUCAGGGAAAUAGACAACCUAACCUAAUAUACACCCCCCUCACACGGGGAGUGGGAACUAGUAUCAUAUUUGCAUAUAUACUGUUUUUUUUUUUAUUAAAUAUCUUGCGAUGAAAUUUGUUUAAGUAUGCUUUCUCGUUAUUUUGUUUACUUUAUGUACAAAUAUGAUUUAUACCUUGAUCCGUGUCCAAUGUUGCCAAUUUCAAAAAAUAGAACAUCGUUUCGAUAUUAAAAAUUACAUUACAAAACAUGCGUCAAUUUGUCUGUGUUACAUUGUCAUAAAUAUCUGCAAAUGUAUUCUGUAAGAACGAACUCAAGUCACCGGAGAUCUUGAUACGCGACAUUGACUUUAAUUGUUAUAACAUUUAAAUGAUACACGCAUCAAAAUUGCGUAUCAACGUAUAUCGCUUUAUACCGGUGGUAGAGCUUUGUGCAAGCUCGUCUGGGUAGGUACCACCCAUUCAUCAGAUAUUCUACCGCAAAACAGCAGUACUCGCUAUUGUUGUGUUCCGGUUUAAAGGUUGAGUGAGCCGGUGUAAUUACAGGCACGAGGGACAUAACAUCUUAGUACCCAAGGUUGGUGGCGCAUUGGUGAUGUAAGUGAUGGUUGACAUUUCUUACAAUGCGAAUGUCUAUGGGCGUUGGUGACCACUUACCAUCAGGUGGCCCAUAUGCUCGCCCGCCUUACUAUUCUAUAAAAAAAAAUCGUCAAUGUUUCACGAGUGAUAUACGGCUUUAGUUCAUACAGAAUAGCACAGCUGUACAGCUAUUCUGUAAGAACAAAUUCUCACUCACCGCAGAAAACGGUCGUAAAACGUCAAAAAGUGAUAUGCGACAUUGACCGUUGUAAUCAUAGCAUUACAAGAACACACGCAUCAAAAUAGUAUAUCAACAUAAGUCGGUUGUCAACAUUUCACGGUUGAGUAGUGAAGUGGGUUCUUACAGAAUUGCUCAAUUGGUAAGCAUAAUUGUCAUUUUUAAUUUGAAUGAAUAUAUCGUCAAUUACUUAUUUGAAAUGGUAACACUUCAUAUAUAUAUCAAAUACAUACAUUAAGUAAUACUAUUUGACUUAAUUUAAUAGAACUUUAAUUUAAUAUUGAGACAUAGUUGCCAGAAUUAAAAAAAAAUUUUUCGUUUAAAUAAUAAGCUUCUUCAAUUUAUAUGAGUGUAUCUUUAUAGUUUGGAAUUAAUUCAUGAUUUAAUUAAUUAAUAAUUCAGUUGAUUAUGGUUUAUUGGUUAUUGAGAUUUGACAUACAGACAUGCGACAUCUACUGACCGAAAUAAAAACUAAUUCAAUUUUAAAAUUACAUAAAGAGGAGUAAAGAUAAACAAACCUUCCAUUUUACAUAUAAUAAUAAUAAUAAUAUCCUGGGACAUUUUUCACACACGGCCAUCUGAUCCCAAAUUAAGCUUGUACAGAGCUUGUACUGUGGAAACCAGACAACUGAUAUACUACAUAUACUAUUCCAUGCGUUUUGCUAAUAGCUUUUAACAUAUUAUGCCGGGCCGGUUGGCGUGGUUGGUAGAUACUUGCCUUUCACGCCGAAGGUUGUAGGUUCGAAUACCACCCAGGACAGACAUUUGUGUGCAUGAACACGUCUGUUUGUCCUGAGUCUGGUUGUAAUUAUCUAUAUAAGUAUGUAUUUACGAAAGAAAAGUAGUAUAUGUAGUAUAUCAGUUGUCUGGUUUCCAUAGCACAAGCUUUGUACAAGCUUAAUUUGGGAUCAGAUGGCCGUGUGUGAAAAAAUGUCGCAGGAUAUUAUUAUUAUUAUUACUGACCCCGUAGUUUUUUGUCGUCCGUACAUCUAUUAAUUCCUUAAAAAUGGGUAUAAUGUAAAACUACUUACACGUAUUUUAAUUCUAUUAAUAUAUUUAGAACGCCAUUUUUUUUUCACGUAUACAGCGGAGUAGAAUUCGACCAAUGACGUCACGUCUUUUUAAGGUCAGACUUGUUUGUUCAUCCUACCACCUGCUAUCGUUCCAAUGUCCGAUCUCAAUACCUUACCAUCUUACGUAAUCGCAGCACCGUCACUCGGCUAUAGAGAUGUGUAAAUUUGAAUUAUAUUAUAGUAUUAUUACGUAUAGUUGAAUAGAAUAGAAGUCAUGUUCAACCAGUGUUUUCUUCCGACCACUUUUAUAAAUAAUAUGUCCGCCCGAUUAUGAUAAAUAUUAUUAAUUAUCUGUAUCAGUUAUAUAUGACGGUUUAAUAAAAUAAAUAUAUACACAGAA